GGUCAGGAGCGGUUGUCUUUAGAUGGCAGAGCGUAGACCCCCUCGCCCCAGAAGCCUGUGGGUGCUUGCAGCGCGCGGGAGACCGGGAGCAGGCUGGCGCCUCCCCUGCUCUGCGCGUGCGCGCCACAGGCCGGGCCUCUGGGGGGUCAAGGGCGCCGGGGUCCUGCGGAGUGGGAGCGUCCUGGAGCCGGAAGGGGACGUGGCGCCGCCCAGCGGGCCAUCCGGAGCGCGGACACGACUAAUAAUAAAUAGCCCGGCUUGUGAGCAGCAGCCAAGCUGGACAGAUGACCUGCCACUCUGUCACCUCUCUGGAGUUGGAUCAGCUUCCAACCGUAGCUACUCUGCUGAUGGCAAGGGCACUGAGAGCCACCCUCCAGAGGACAACUGGCUCAAAUUCAGAAGUGAAAACAACUGCUUCCUGUAUGGGGUCUUCAAUGGCUAUGAUGGCAACCGGGUGACCAACUUUGUGGCACAGAGGCUCUCUGCAGAGCUCCUGCUGGGCCAGCUCAACACUGAACACACUGAGGCUGAUGUGCGGCGGGUCCUGCUGCAGGCCUUCGAUGUGGUGGAAAGGAGCUUCCUGGAGUCCAUCGAUGAUGCCUUAGCUGAGAAAGCAAGCCUCCAGUCCCAGCUGCCUGAGGGUGUGCCCCAACACCAGUUGCCACCUCAGUAUCAGAAGAUCCUUGAGAGACUCAAGGCGCUGGAGAGGGAGAUUUCGGGAGGGGCCAUGGCCGUUGUGGCAGUCCUUCUCAACAACAAGCUCUACGUUGCCAAUGUUGGUACAAACCGGGCUCUUCUGUGCAAAUCUACAGUGGAUGGGUUACAGGUCACACAGCUAAACAUGGACCACACCACGGAGAAUGAGGAUGAGCUCUUUCGUUUUUCGCAACUGGGUUUGGACACAGGAAAGAUCAAGCAGGUGGGCGUCAUCUGUGGACAGGAGAGCACCAGGCGCAUUGGUGAUUACAAGGUCAAAUAUGGCUACACUGACAUUGACCUGCUCAGUGCUGCCAAGUCCAAACCCAUCAUCGCAGAGCCAGAAAUCCAUGGCGCACAGCCUGUGGAUGGCGUGACGGGCUUCCUGGUGCUGAUGUCAGAGGGCCUGUACAAGGCCCUGGAGGCAGCCCAUGGGCCUGGGCAGGCCAACCAGGAAAUUGCAGCAAUGAUUGACACUGAAUUUGCUAAGCAGACCUCCCUGGAUGCGGUGGCCCAGGCUGUGGUGGACCGUGUAAAGCGUAUCCACAGUGACACCUUUGCCAGUGGUGGGGAACGUGCCAAGUUCUGCCCACGGCAUGAAGACAUGACCCUGCUGGUGAGAAACUUUGGCUAUCCACUGGGUGAAAUGAGCCAGCCCACAGCGACCCCAGCCCCAGGGGGCCGUGUAUACCCUGUUUCUGUGCCCUACUCAAGUGCCCAGAGCACCAGCAAGACCAGUGUGACUCUGUCCCUCGUCAUGCCUUCUCAAGGCCAGAUGGUCAACGGCUCUCAUAGUGCCUCCACUCUGGAUGAAGCCACUCCCACCCUAACUAACCAGAGCCCCACUCUGACCCUGCAGUCCACCAACACACACACGCAGAGCAGCAGCUCCAGCUCUGACGGGGGCCUCUUCCGCUCCAGACCUGCACACUCACUUCCACCUGGAGAGGACGGCCGAGUUGAGCCCUAUGUGGACUUUGCUGAGUUUUACCGACUCUGGAGUGUGGACCACGGCGAGCAGGGCGUGAUGACGGCACCUUAGGCUGGCCUCAGAGUGCAGCCUUGGCACGACUUUGUGUAGGCACAGAAGGCUUAGUGCCAAGGCAGGACAAGCUUCUUGACCUUUGCAAGUGCCCUGGAACCAGUCAUUGAUGUGCUGCAGGUUCUGUCCCACAGUGCCGGGCUGUAGCCUGAGUACAGACUGCGGUGUUGGUCCACACAGGAGGCUGGAGUCCAGACCACGGGCAUCCUUAGACAGGGCCAAGGGUGAAAGCUGCAGGUGGCUCAUAAACCAGCCAGAGUGCCUCCUGGCAUGUUAAGAGGAUAACAAGAAGCUGAGCUGUAGACCCCAACGACCACAGGCUCCCUCAAGACUG